AUGAAUACUCCGGCUUCGAUUGACGAAACACCAGCAAGCUCCAAUAUAGAACAACGUUAUGUAUUUUCUGAACAAGAAAAAGAGUUUGCAUUAAGAGCAAAACAAGAAUAUGAAAAGGGAACAUAUGAAUCUUGCCUGAAAACUUUAAAUAAAUUAUUAGAAUUUUGUCCAGAUGAUCCAAAAGUAUUAUUCAAUAUGGCUCUGACCGAAUAUGCGCUCUCUGGAUUUCAAAAAACCGAUCAAUUUCGCUCUAGUCUAAAUAAAAUAGCUGACAGACUUGGAUGUAGUUUAGAUGAUAUUGAAACAUUAGAAGACAUGGAUCAUUGUGCAAUAUUUUAUUCAACAGCGAUUAUUCUUUAUCAUAUGAAACAAUAUAAAGCAGCAUUAGUCAUAACCGAAAAAUUAUUUCGAUUUAUGGAGCCAGCAGAAGAAAGUUUAUUUUGGAAAACUUGUAUGUUGCUAGUCGAAUUAGAUUUAUGUACAUUUCAACCUGGAAAUGCCCUAGCUAUAUUGAUGCAUGCGGAAAAAAUUCUAAAUAAUCGCUUAAAUCCACCAUCUGUAGUUACAGCUAAUUCAGCUGAGACAAACGAUCAACAAGAUACAACAUUACAACAGCAGCAGUCUGAUAAUAAUUUCAGCGAAGAAAAAUUUGAACACAUCAGAAUGCAAAUUAGCCUAUCGUCUCCUAUAUUAUCUUAUCUUCGUGCUAAUUUUGAAUAUUUAAAAGAAAAUUAUCAGCGAUCAUUGAAAAUCAUUACUACACAAAUAAAUCAUAAUGAAAACACAUUAUUAGAGAUUGGUGUUAGUUUACAAACCGUUUUUUACAAUAAUUUGGGAUGUAUCCAUUAUUAUAUGAAAAAAUAUUGUUUUGGAGCAUUCUAUUUCAGAAAAGCAUUAACAGAAAAUAACCAUGUACUAAUGGAAUUAAACAAAGUACAAAGUUGCGGUAUAAGUGGUAAACCGUUGAUUGCACUUGGAAGUAAUCGUAAAUACGAAAUAUUGUAUAAUUUGGGCGUACAGUUACUAUUUGAACGUGAACCUUAUGCAGCAUUUGAAUGUUUAAUAGAAGUUGUUCGCUUGUAUCAUACGAAUAUUCGUCUAUGGUUGAGAUUAGCUGAAUGUUGUAUACAAGCGUAUAAGUCGACAAACGAUGAUAUAUUUAAAUUAGAUGAAAAACUAAAAUGUGUAUCGAAAACAAUCGGCACUGGUUUGUAUCAUAAAUUAGUAUUAGGAAAUUGUAAUAAAUAUUUAAAGCAAACAACAGACACCAGUACAAAUAGUAAUAGUACAGCUAAUAAUAACAGCACGUCACAGUCAUCUUCUACACCUCCGCCACAACAACAACAAUCAACGCCAAAUAAUAACGUAGUCAGUUGUUCAAUGGAAUUUGCACAAUUAUGUUUGAGAAAUGCUAUGGGCUUAUUGCCAAAUAUUACUGAUGCCGAUUUACAAACAGAGGAAGUAAAGUUGUAUCCAUCGUCACCUACUAAUCCUAUUCGAGCAACAGAAAUGAUUUGUCUAAAAUGUUCAAUAUUAACAGCAUCAGCAUAUGUUUCACUAUGUUUAAACGAUUAUCAAAAUGCUUAUUCAUAUUCAUUGGCAUUAUUAAAAGAAACAAGAGCAUCGGCAGGACAUAAAUAUUUGGCUCGAUUAUAUCUAGCUGAAAGUUUAUUAUUAUUGAAUAACAUUGAUCAGUCACUAGUACAAUUAGAUCCAGAAUUAGUUAAAACGGAUCAAGAUUUAUCAUUCAAAAUAUCGUUAACAUCUCCGAAUACAAUUGAAAAAGAAGAGAAACUGGAAUCACAAGAUUCAAUAUCAGAAGCAAAAGUGGAUUUAUUUUCUUGGUCACCAAAAGAAGCACGCGUUGGUCAAGCAAUCAUUCAUUAUAAUAUAGCGGUCAUCUACGCCACUGUUGGAGAUAUCGAUAGAGCAUUCAAAAGUUUUAAUUUAUUUGUUAAUCUAUUUGGAAAAACGCAGCCAGCACAUUCAUUUCAACUCAAAUUUUAUCUCGAUUUAUUAGACGGAAAUCGUCAACGUUUACAAGUAUUACUUAAAGAACAUUUUGGUCAUAUGACAACAAAUAAAACAUUUAUGGUGCGAUCAACCCAAUUAAAUUCUUCGGUCCCUCUCUCCACACAACCACAAUUGCAACAAACCCAAACUGCAUCAGCAUCCUCGAUUUGCGGCGAUAGAUUUGUAGUUCAAGUAACAAUCAAUGAUUUGAAGCAAAUAUCCGUUCGUACAUCAAAACAGAAUAAUCAUGUUAGUCAUAGUGCAUCCGCUGCGCCAAAAUUUCCUAUCAAAUCAGUUAAACCAAAACCAAAUCAGGUUCUUGUUAACGAGUACUGUCCAAUUCAUGGUACACCAAAAUGUAUUUGUACUGAUGACGAAAAUGAAAACAACAAUAAUAAUACCAGUGAUAAUGAUGAUGCUGGUAAUGACGAUGGCGCUGGACAAUCACUUACCAAUAAUCACUGUUAUUCAAAUGGAUGGAAUGAUGGAGAAGCAGGCAGGUUGCAAUCAUUAUUGAUGUACAGAGAUGCAUUAAGACGAAAUCUAACAACACCAGUGUUAUCCGGUGAAGGAUUGCCGAAAAUGCGUUGUGGUCGAAUUGGAAGCAGUUGGCGACACAUUAAACAAACAAAUACAUAUAGUGGAUCGAAUUUAUUAUUCAUCGAUGACGACAGUUUCAAAUUUCCAAUGAACAGAUUUGGUUAUCCACCUAAAAUGAAACGUCAUUAUUCAAUGAAUUAUUUAAAUAAUUCACCUUUGAGAUCGUCAUCAUUUAAUGAUGGUAUGACAAAAUCUAUGAAUAACUUUAACGUUAAAUCAAUGAAUAAUUUAACAUGGAGUGCAACAGAAGAAUUAAAUAAACGUCCAUCAUUAUCACAAUAUAACAAUCGUUACUCUCGACAUGCGAAAGAUGGUUUCACUUAUUGGCCAACUGAUGUUGUUUAUAAAAAGCCAAAAGGGUGGCCAAUGAUUCCCGGUUUAUUCGAGCUCAGCAAUGCUGUACCGGCACGUACAAAACGUGGUUAG